AUUAGUGGAUAAUUAUUAGAAGGCACGUGUUAAUAAGUACAUUAACAGAGACCUCUGUAUCGCAUUACCACAUUAAUAUUCAGCUGCGACUUUCAAAUAUCGACUUACCUUUGGUCUACAGACAAGAGCAGUGAGCACCAUGUCGUGACCUUGCUCAACAUUUAACCCCUGACCCCGGGUAAAGUGAGACCAGUGAGAAAUAAUAUACGGUGCUGUACCUGCACAGUGGUGUGUGGUGUGACAAUGGCUGACGAGGAGGUGUCGCAAACGGACACACAGGGCAAGGUUUUAAAAGCCCUGAAGAAACACUCUCACCUGGCCGAGCUGCAAUGGGCAGAAUGUAUAUCCAGUGUGAAGGUAUCGGAGGUCGGUGACGGAAACCUGAACGAUGUGUUCCGAGCUUUCCCGAGUGAGGAUCCGAGUAACAGCGUUGUAGUGAAACACGCGCCGCCAUAUAUCAAAUGUUUGGGGAAAGAUUUCCCGCUCCACGAAGAGAGGGGAGAACUUGAAUACAAGGCUCAGUUCAAGUUCCACAGUAUUGCUCCAGGGAGUGUACCCAAACCAAUCUUCUACGACAGCUCUUUGAGAGUCAUGUGUAUGGAGGACCUCCGCAACUACGUCAUCUACCGCAGCUCCCUCAUCAGCGGCCAUCUCAACGACGACGCUGCCCUCAAACUGGCGAGAGACGUGGCCAUCAUACACAGAGACACCCACGUCGCCAAGAUAGGGGAGGACGCCAUUAAGCAGCUGGAUAAGGAGUUUCAGAACCACGAAAUGGUAGAGCUGACCGAGAGGUAUAUAUUUACGGGACCUUUCUCGCCAGAUGACCCGACCAACAGGUGCUCCCCGUUCUUGAAGGCGAAGCUGGAUUGGGUACACGGGGACCAGGAGGUGCUCCGGGCAGCCGCCCACAUGAAGAAGAUCUUCCUGGAGAAGAAGGAAGCUUUGGUACACGGUGAUCUCCACACUGGCUCCAUCAUGGUCAAAGACAAAGACGCCAAGGUGUUCGACAGUGAGUUCUGCUACGUGGGCCCUUGCGCCUUUGACAUUGGUCUCCUUGUUGCUAACUACAUCUUCGUCUACUACUGCCACCUCCUGCAGCCUGAGGACAACGACAACCACAGGGUCUUUGCUUACAGGGUGGUUGAGAUCUGCAACAAAACAGUUACUGAGUAUUUGGAACAUAUGACAAGCUUUGAUGUGGACAAGGAGACCUACCAGGCUAACUUCGUGUCAGAGGUGGCAGGAUUUGCUGGCUGCGAAAUUGUCAGAAGGUUGAUAGGUGCAGCUCACGUGACGGAGUUCGACACUACCCCCCAGGCAGAGCUUGACGCCCUGGGUGCUGGGGUGAGGCUGCUGAAGGCCUAUGGCAGGAUACACAGUAUCGGGACCCUCAUGCUUAUAGCGCUCAUGUUGGCCUGAAUGGUCUCCUAGACGAAUGGUAUACAGAUUACCCUUCAGGAUGCUAGAACAAUAAUCUCAGGGAUUUCUAAUUUAUUACCCUUUAGAUAAUGAGAAGACUUUUGAUUGGUUAAAUAUCUCAGGUACGAAAUAUGAAUAACAGACCAUACCAUCCCAUAUUACCAAGACGCUAGCCGGGUAACUAUGAAUACAUGCUGACAGUAUUUGUAGUCACUGGUGGUCUUUUUUCAUGACAUUGUGUAAAGACUGGCUGUUCAUUCUGCUAUGCCACUGAUAAAGAACAAUCAUUCGUAAAACUGCACGUG